AUGCCACGAAGUCCCACGUCCAGCGAGGACGAGAUGGCCCAGAGCUUCUCUGACUACUCUGUGGGCUCAGAGUCCGACAGCUCCAAAGAAGAGACGGUCUAUGACACCAUCCGGGCCACAGCCGAGAAGCCGGGCGGCGCCAGGACAGAGGAGAGCCGGGGCGACACACUGGUGCUGCGGAUUAUUAUUCAGGACCUUCAGCAGACGAAGUGCAUCCGCUUUAACCCCGACGCGACCGUGUGGGUGGCCAAGCAGCGGAUCCUGUGCACGCUGAACCAGAGCCUGAAGGACGUCCUCAACUAUGGGCUCUUCCAGCCCGCCAGCAACGGGCGCGAUGGCAAGUUCCUGGACGAAGAGCGCCUUCUCCGCGAGUACCCGCAGCCCGUGGGCAAGGGGGUGCCAUCGCUGGAGUUUCGAUACAAGAAGCGGGUGUAUAAACAACCCAAUCUUGAUGAGAAACAGUUGGCCAAGGUACACACGAAGACCAAUCUGAAGAAAUGCAUGGACCACGUUCAGCAUCGCUCGGUGGAGAAAAUAGUCAAGAUGCUCGAUCGAGGCCUGGACCCCAAUUUCCACGACCUGGAGACUGGAGAGACGCCCCUGACCUUAGCCGCCCAGUUGGACGGCUCCAUGGAGAUGAUCAAAGCGCUCAAAAAUGGUGGUGCUCAUCUGGACUUCCGUGCCAAAGACGGGAUGACCGCCCUGCACAAGGCCGCCCGCACGAGGAACCAGGCUGCCCUUAAGACCCUUUUAGAACUUGGGGCAUCACCAGAUUACAAGGACAGCUGCGGCCUGACCCCGCUGUACCACACCGCCAUCGUCGGGGGCGACCCUUACUGCUGUGAGCUGCUGCUUCACGAGCACGCCACCGUGUGCUGCAGGGACGAGAACGGCUGGCACGAAAUCCACCAGGCCUGCCGGUACGGACACGUGCAGCACCUGGAGCACCUGCUGUUCUACGGGGCGGACAUGGGUGCCCAGAACGCUUCGGGGAACACAGCACUGCACAUCUGCGCCCUCUACAACCAGGACAGCUGUGCAAGAGUGCUUCUCUUCCGAGGUGGAAACAAGGAACUGAAAAACUACAAUAGCCAGACUCCCUUCCAGGUGGCAAUCAUAGCGGGCAACUUUGAACUGGCAGAAUACAUCAAGAACCACAAGGAGACAGAUGUCGUGCCCUUCCGAGAGGCCCCGGCGUAUUCCAACCGCAGGCGGCGGCCCCCCAACACGCUGGCCGCGCCCCGGGUGCUGCUGCGCUCCAACAGCGACAACAACCUCAACGUGGGCGCCCCCGACUGGUCUGUCUGUUCCGCGGCCACCUCCCACCGCAGCCUCUCACCCCAGCUGCUGCAGCAGUUACCAAGCACCCCUGAUGGCACCGUGAAGACCCUCGGCAGCUACACCCCUGGGCCCCGCAGCCGGUCUCCCUCGCUCAACAGGCUGGGCGGCACCGGCGAGGAUGGCAAAAGGCCGCAGCAGCUCUGGCACAUUGGGCCCACUUUCCCUCCUGGUGCCAGCAAGGACCUGCUGUCCACCUUCGAGCAGCCGGGGCCCAAGCGGAAGCUGUACAGUGCCGUGCCCGGGCGGCUCUUCGUCGUUGUCAAGCCAUACCAACCCCAGGUUGACGGCGAGAUCCCCCUGCACCGUGGCGACAGGGUCAAAGUUCUGAGCAUCGGUGAAGGGGGCUUCUGGGAAGGCAGCGCCCGCGGCCACAUCGGGUGGUUUCCGGCCGAGUGUGUGGAGGAGGUGCAGUGCAAACCCAGGGACGGCCAGGCAGAAACCCGCGCAGACCGCAGCAAGAAACUCUUCAGGCACUACACCGUCGGCUCGUACGACAGCUUCGAUGCUGCCAGUGACUGCAUUAUCGAGGAGAAGACCGUGGUGCUGCAGAAGAAAGACAAUGAGGGCUUCGGAUUCGUGCUCCGCGGGGCCAAAGCUGACACGCCCAUUGAAGAAUUCACACCGACACCGGCUUUCCCAGCCCUGCAGUACCUGGAGUCCGUGGAUGAAGGCGGGGUGGCUUGGCAAGCCGGACUGAGGACGGGGGACUUCCUGAUCGAGGUCAACAACGAGAACGUCGUGAAGGUGGGCCACAGGCAGGUGGUGAACAUGAUCCGCCAGGGGGGGAACCACCUGGUCCUCAAGGUGGUCACGGUCACCCGGAAUCUGGACCCGGAUGACACAGCCAGGAAGAAAGCUCCCCCUCCGCCCAAGCGUGCUCCGACCACUGCGCUCACCCUGCGCUCCAAGUCCAUGACCUCGGAGCUAGAGGAGCUCGUGGAUAAAGCUUCCGUCCGGAAGAAGAAGGAUAAGCCCGAGGAGAUCGUCCCGGCCGCCAAGCUGUCGAGGGCCGCCGAGAACGUGGCCGUGGAGUCCAGGGUGGCCACCAUCAAACAGCGGCCCGCCAGCCGGUGCUUCCCGUCCAUCGUCGACGUGAAUUCCAUUUAUGAACGCCAGGGGAUCGCCGUGAUGACACCCACCGUUCCUGGGAGCCCAAAAGGCCCGUUUCUGGGCCUCCCUCGAGGUACGAUGCGAAGGCAGAAAUCCAUAGACAGCAGAAUCUUUCUGUCAGGGAUAACGGAGGAAGAGCGGCAGUUUCUGGCCCCUCCAAUGCUCAAGUUCACCAGGAGCCUGUCCAUGCCCGACACCUCCGAGGACAUACCCCCUCCGCCCCAGUCCGUGCCCCCGUCUCCACCGCCACCCUCCCCCACUGCCACUGUGUACAACUGCCCCAAGUCCCCGACGCCCAGAGUCUACGGGACCAUCAAGCCCGCCUUUACACAGAAUCCCGCUGCCAAGGUCUCGGCGGCUGCCCGCUCCGACACGGUGGCUGCCACCAUGAGGGAGAAGGGUGCCUACUACAGGCGAGAGCUCGACCGGUACUCCCUGGACUCCGAGGACCUGUACAACCGGAACGCCGCCACCGCCACCCAGGCCAACUUCCGCGGCAAGCGGGGCCAGAUGCCCGAGAACCCGUACUCGGAGGUGGGCAGGAUGGCCAACAAGGCCGUGUACGUGCCGGCCAAGCCCGCACGGCGAAAGGGCGUGCUGGUGAAGCAGCCCAAUGUGGAGGACAGCCCCGAGAAGACGUGUUCCAUCCCCAUCCCCACCAUCAUCGUCAAGGAGCCCUCCACCAGCAGCAGCGGCAAGAGCAGCCAGGGCAGCAGCAUGGAGACCGACACGCAGGCCGCCGAGCAGCCCGGGCAGCUGCGGCCAGAUGACAGCCUGGGCGGCAGCAGCCCCUUCGCAGCCGCCAUCGCCGGGGCCGUGCGCGACCGGGAGAAGCGGCUGGAGGCCCGGAGGAACUCCCCGGCCUUCCUCUCCACGGACCUGGGGGACGAGGAUGUGGGGCUGGGGCUCCCCGCGCCCAGGACGCGGCCUUCCAAGUUCCCCGAGGAGGGCGGGUUUGGCGACGAGGACGGCACCGAGCAGCUGGCAUCACCCUCGCUGGGGCCAGCGCCCAGGGAGCCCGAGAACCACUUUAUCAGUGGGGGCGAGGCUGGCACUCAGGACGAGCCUGGGAGGCCGCUGAAUCCCACGUCCAAAGCCAAGGGCCCCGAGAGCGGCCCCGAGAAUUACGUCCACCCGCUCACGGGGAGGCUGCUGGACCCCAGCUCCCCUCUGGCCCUAGCGCUGUCCGCCAGGGACCGGGCCAUGAAGGAGUCCCAGCAGGGGCCCAAGGGGGAGGCCCCCAAGGCCGACCUCAACAAGCCCCUGUACAUCGACACCAAAAUGCGGCCCAGCAUGGAGCCGGCCUUCCCGCCCGUAAGCAGGCAGAACACCCGGGGCCCCCUGCGGCGGCAGGAGACGGAGAACAAGUAUGAGACGGAGCUGGGCCGAGAGCGGAAGGGUGAUGACAGGAACAUGCUGGUCACCAUCAUGGACACGUCCCAGCAGAGGUCGGCCGGCCUGCUCAUGGUCCACACCGUCGACGCCGCCAAGUCGGACGGCUCCCUGGAGGAGGAGGACCAGAAGGAGCAGGCAGAGACGCAGGCGGACCACUCUCCACCCGAGGUGCCAGAAGGUGUCUCCAAAACCGACGGUGCUUUGCAGCUCUCAGCUGCCCCCGAGCCGGCCGCCGCGCCCGGCAGAGCCAUGGUGGCGGCCGGCUCCAUGGAGGAGACGGUUGUCUUGCCGUUCCGCAUCCCUCCCCCACCUCUGGCCUCUGUGGACUUGGAUGAAGAUUUUAUCUUUACAGAGCCAUUGCCUCCGCCCCUGGAAUUUGCAAACAGUUUUGAUAUCCCCGACGACCGCGCCGCUUCGGUCCCCGCUCUGGCCGAGUUGGUCAAGCAGAAGAAACACGAUGCCCCUCAGUCCCCUUCGCUGAACUCCAGCCAGCCCGCCAACUCGGUAGGCGGUAAGAAGCCAGCUGCUCUCUCCAACUGCCUGCCUGCCCCGUUCCUGCCACCCCCCGAGAGUUUUGACGCUGUCACAGACUCAGGCAUCGAGGAGGUGGACAGCCGGAGCAGCAGCGACCACCACCUGGAAACAACCAGCACCAUGUCCACCGUGUCCAGCAUCUCCACCUUGUCCUCCGAGGGCGGUGAGAACGCAGACACCUGCACGGUCUACGCGGACGGACAAGCCUUCGUGGUCGACAAGCCCCCAGUACCUCCCAAGCCAAAAAUGAAACCCACCAUCCACAAAAGCAACACCCUUUACCAGGACGCGCUGGUGGAGGAGGACGCGGACAGCUUCAUCAUCCCCCCGCCGGCCCCGCCCCCCCCGCCCGGAGGGGCCCAGCCCAGCACGGCCAAGGUCGUUCAGCCAAGGACCUCCAAACUAUGGGGCGACAUCACGGAGGUCAAGAUCCCCAUUCUCUCAGGCCCAAAGGCAAACGUCAUUAGUGAAUUGAACUCAAUCCUGCAGCAAAUGAACCGAGAGAAAUCGGCCAAGCCGGGAGAAGGACUGGAGGCACCGACGGGAGGCAAACCUGCCGGACUCGCUCUAAGAAGCCCGGAGGUCAUGAGCACCGUCUCAGGUACACGGAGCACUACGGUCACCUUCACUGUUCGCCCUGGCACCGCCCAGCCCAUCACCCUGCAGAGCCGGCCCCCGGACUAUGAAAGUAGGACCUCAGGAACAAGACGUGCCCCGAGCCCUGUGGUCUCGCCAACAGAGAUGAACAAAGAGAUCCUGCCUGCCCCUCUAUCUGCUGCUGCUGCGUCUCCUUCCCCCUCUCUCUCAGAUGUCUUUAGCCUUCCAAGCCAGCCCCCUUCUGGGGACCUAUUUGGCUUGAACCCAGCGGGACGCAGCAGGUCACCAUCACCCUCAAUACUGCAACAGCCAAUCUCAAAUAAGCCUUUUACAACUAAACCUGUCCACCUGUGGACUAAACCAGACGUGGCAGAUUGGCUGGAAAGUCUAAACUUGGGUGAACACAAAGAGACCUUCAUGGACAAUGAAAUCGAUGGCAGCCACUUACCAAACCUUCAGAAGGAAGACCUAAUAGACCUUGGGGUGACCCGGGUUGGACACAGAAUGAACAUAGAGAGGGCUUUGAAACAGCUGCUGGACAGAUAAGGGCAGCUGCUCUUGACCUUCACGGACUUCUUAUAAGUAGAGAUGGGCUUAUACUGAGAUAGCUGGAUGGCCAAGCGAGGUCUGUGAGCACCGACCCCACCCCAUGGGACUGUCUCCUGGUACCCAAAGAAGUGUUGAGCAUGUCCAUGGUGCGGCUGAGCAAAGAAGGGCCUGGGACCCCCCUGGCUCUCUCUGUGGGGUUCUUGGGCUGUUUCUGUCAAAUGGGAUGACGGGGAGGGAGCUUUUCUAACUCGUGAAGAGAUCCACACCUGCCUCUCGGCACGCAGGUGACCUCACUUGGCUGGGUCCCAGAGGCUCCCCCGUCGAUUUGGCACGGGAUCUUUGCUCUUGUAGGCAGACACCAAUGUACCUGAGAUACCUCCUGAGACCUCCCGCCUCGCUUCCUGGGCAGCUGUCACCUCCCGGCCCCAGAACAGGCCCCUCCUCAUUCUCUUGGCCUCUCGGAGGCCCCCGAUGCUCACCUCUUUUUCUCUCCUGGACUUUGCUUCCCGCGAGAGGCCCCAGGCGUGUUCAUUCAGUGCCUCAA